CCGAAAAACCGUAACUCGAUCUGUUUAGGUAUCAUUCUAAUCUAAUUUUGCUACAUAACUACUUAAAAAAAUAUAUGUUUUUAUCGAAUCAACAACCUUCUCCUUCCAAACCAUUUAUCUUCCACGGUACUUAUGUAGAUAUUCAAUUUCACGUCUAAGCGAUGAAUACGAUGAAAUAAAAAGAUUAUGGUAAAAGUUAGUAGCAAAAAUUGAAUGUAGGUAAUGAAUCACUGAACCGCUAAAAAGCAUUUUAGAAAGUCCCUACUGGUGAGAGUGUAUCUAGGGCAAAAGAAAUUCAUACGAUGCAUUUAGUACCUAUAAUAAUGUUAUUCUUUGUAACGUAGCAGUUUUGACCGCGAAGAAGUUUAGAAUUUAAGAGUCGAAAUAUUGCGGCACCUCGAGGUUCCAAAAUAAAAAUGGAAGAAAAUGCAGAGAAAGUACGAAUAUUGAGAGAGUGGAUCGCUAAGCAGCCUCAUCUUCCUAAAAAAAAUCAUGUAAACUUGAUAAAAAGGUUUUUACAUUGCAGUAAUGAUAGUAUAGAACGAGCAAAAAAAUUGAUAGAUUUAUUUUAUACGCUACGAUCCCAAAUCCCGGAAGUAUAUUCACAUAGAGAUCCCAAUAGUCCGGAAAUAAAGGAAGCCUUUACAAAUAUUCAGUUUCUUCCUUUACCAAAAUUCACCAAAGAAAACUACCAAAUUUUUAUGUAUCGAUUAUUAACCAAUGACGUAGAUAAAUACGACUUUGUAAACGGUGCCAAAGCCUUUUCGAUCGUUGCUGACGUUAGAAUGGUCGAAGAAAAUACCAUAGCCGAUGGAGAAAUACCAAUUUUUGAUAUGAAAAAUUUCACGUUAAAACAUUUAACGAAAAUUGUGUUUCCUUUAAUGAAGAAAAUUUCUACUUAUUCGGAGGAAGCACAUCCAAUGAAAUUAAAACAAGUACAUUAUGUAAAUGCGCCACCAUUUUUUGAUAGAUUUUUAUCGCUCUUGAAACCUAUUAUUAAAAAAGAUGUUUUGAAAAUGGUGCAUUUCCACCUUCCAAAUUCUGAUACGUUGUUCGACUACAUCCCCAGAGACUUACUUCCAGAAGAAUAUGGCGGUACUGUAGGAAGAUGCAAUGAUUUAAACAAGAAAUGGGUCGAACUGGUGUUAAAAUGGCGAGAUUAUGUGUUGGAUGAAGAUUACUGGAAUGUAGACGAAUCUAAAAGAAUAGCUACCGAUGAUAAAGUCAAUGUUUCGCAAUAUUUUGGUAUUCAAGGGUCAUUUAAGUCGC